GUCAUUAAGAGCUGGCAAGGGAUGUGGUGUCACUUCAUUUUUGGCUUUGGUCUUUAUUUCUUGCCAUCUGCUGCUCUGGAGAGGACAUCAGUUAGAUCACUGGUAAAUAGUAUAUAGACAUAGCUGUACAGUUAUAGGCACCUCUUCAGGACAUGGAGCUCUCACAUCUUGUACAGAGUUCACAAGUGGAGAAUGUACGUAUGUGCUGCCCCCUAAUCCCUCCAGUGACCGGGACCCUGUGCGUCAGCAGCCAUCACUUAAUACUCUCUGCCAAACCUGUAGAGGGCACAAAACAGGAAAAGUGUGAACUAUGGCUUCUGCAUUGUGCUGUGGACUCAGUGGAGAAGAGUGUUCACAACAUCGGCAUGUUGAAGAGCAAGGAAAGCGGCAAAGAUGGAGAAUUAAGAUCAAGCUCUGGAACUGUCACUCUGAAGUGUAAGGACUUGCGGGUUAUUGACUUGGAAAUACCUGAUAUGGAAGAAACAUUUAAUGUUGCCCGCUCUAUCCAGGCUCUCUCCACGCUGGAUAACAUCUCUCUCAGCUACCCAUUCUUCUUCAGGCCAACAAGGUGCAAGUUAGGAGAAGGAUGGUCGAGAGAUACCAUGGAAACGUUUUAUCACAAGCUCAAAGCCCAGGCAGAUGCUUGGAGACUAAGCCAUGUGAAUGAAAACUUUAAGGUUUGCCCCAGUUAUCCAGAGAAGAUUAUUGUCCCUGUAUCCUGUUCUGAUUACUCUCUGAAGCGCUCUGCAGCUUUCAGGCAAGGCCGUCGAUUCCCUGUACUGAGUUACUACCAUCCAAGAAGCAGAACGGUUUUGCUGCGAUCUGCUCAGCCUCUGGUUGGUCCUAACCAGCAUUGUUCUGGAGAUGAUGAGAUGUUGCUCGAUGCUGCACUAAUGGGAAACUUGCGCGGAUUUAUUAUCGAUAUUCGCACUGAGCAGGAAGCUAAGCAAGCAAGAAGUUCAGGAGGUGGCACAGAAAACAAGAAAAGAUAUCCCAAAUGGAGUGUGCUCCAUCGCCCAUUAGUAAGGGGACAGGCCUUACAGAGCAGCCUGAUGCGCUUGGUUGGGACCUGCUAUGACACCUACCUGGGAAGGAAUCUUUGGCUUAGCAAGCUGCAAGCUUCACAGUGGCUGUCGCAUAUCAAGGAAGCUCUAAGUACGGCAGGCCUGGCUGCUGAAUGCAUUGAAAGGGAAGGUACUUGUGUACUUAUACAUGGGGAAGAAGGGGCAAACAAUACGUUGUUGGUGACAUCCCUGGCACAACUUAUUUUGUCUCCUGAUUGCCGUACAAUGGUUGGCUUCCAAGACCUAAUUGAGCGUGAAUGGCUACAGGCUGGUCAUCCAUUUCAGCUACGUUGUGCUCGAUCCGGGUGGGCACAGGGCCGUCUUCAACAAGAAUCCCCCAACUUUCUCCUAUUCUUGGACUGUUGCUGGCAGCUCACACAUCAGUUUCCCAUGGCAAUGGAAUUUAACGAGAAAUUUUUAUGGACACUUGCAACCCAUGCCUACAGCUCAGAGUAUGGGACCUUCUUAUGCAACCACGAAAAGGAAAGGAAUAUCUACAAAGUUCGAGAAAAGACUCAUUCACUUUGGGGUAGUCUCAACAGCUUCAGACAGCGAAAAAGUCUUACAAAUCCAGUUUAUGAAAGAAACCCAUUAGCCAUUUGGCCAUCAGUGGCACCACAAAGUAUACAACUAUGGGAGGGGUUUUUUCUCAGAUACUUAAUGCCCAAAGAACAUAAAGAGAUGUCCUGGCAGCGAACAUGGGAGCUUGUUGGUGAAGAUCCCUACUAAAUUGCUUUGUUAGACUAGUCAAAAAGCUUGUCAACAAAUGGCAUGAAAAAGAUGAAAACUGCUAUUUUUGAACUUCAGACAUUGACUUUCCAAUGUAAAAUUCAAAUGGACCAAAAAAAGAAAAAAAACGCACAGACUGUUCAGAUUUUACUUUCAUUUUCCAUUUCAGAGAAGCCUCCAUAAAACUAUGACUAUGAAGUGUCUCUGCUAAGAGUGGACAUGUAUAUAAAGCUGGUGGCACUAGAACAAGUUAUUUAACACUGCCAACCUUCUGAAUCGUGUUUUUGGUCACUGUUGGCUUCCCAGAUGUUGUACACAUAUGUACCUGGCAGAAAGCACCUGGGAAGGCACUUGAAAACACAUGUGAAUAGUGAAUUAUUGGAGAACUGGCAGCCUCUGGUGGCAGAACUAAGGCUACUUUCAGACUCGCGUUUGGUGCGGAUCUGCACAAACGCAUCCAUUCAGAUAAUACAACCGUCUGCAUCCGUUCAGAACGGAUCAGUUUGUAUUAUCUUUAAC